AUGCAGUUCAUCGCUCUCCUUCCCAUCGUCUUUGCUGCCGCCGCCAACGCGAUCACGGUCACUCGGGAUACCACCUACGAUGACGGCUCAUACUCUCUUUACAACACCGCCUGUUCCGACGGUCCGAACGGCCUUGUCACGGCCACGCGUACCAUGCUCAACCAGUUCCCGAGCUACCCCUACGUCGGCGGCUCCCAAUACGUCGAAGACUGGAACUCGAACCAGUGCGGCUCGUGCUACCAGCUCUCGUACAACGGCAACAGCAUCUACCUCGUCGCCGUCGAUAGCGCGGAUGACGGCUUCACCACGAGCUCGUACGCGUACAACCAGCUUGUGACCGGUCAGACGGGAGACUAUAGCAACUACGAUAACUACGACAGCUACGGCAACUACGGCAACUACGAUAACUACGGCGAGAUCGAUGCCGAAGUUACUCAGGUUGACGCGCACCACUGUGGGCUUUAG